AUGAGCAUGCUUGUUACAGCAGCUCUCACCAGCAGCCCCUUCCAAAUAGUAAGCAGCUCUAGCACCGACGAUCUCAAGAGCACCAACAAUAUCCAGUUCCGCAGCUUGACCCUAGGCUACACAACGGGCUCUGGCAACAUCCUUGAGUGGGCCCAGGGCAACUUCUAUGCCUGCCACCAUCAACUCCUGUACACCACGGAACCCGACUUACAUGAUCUUUGUCAGUCGACCUGGUGUCACUCUUUCGAGCGACUGCGUUGA